AUGGAAGAAGUGGAUCCGCUAUUGGAUAAUGAGUGCCUAGAUUGCUUUGAAGAUUUCGGACCCCCACCGGAUGACAUAUUAAGGAUACCACCACCGCCUCUACCAUUUUUUAUUAAAUUAGAUCAAAGAGAACAUUUUUUAUGUAAUAAUCAAUGUAUAGGAAGUCCGAAAUUUCAAGGGAUCGAAUUUAUUGACUUGGGUCAACCUUGGUCAUAUCAGGAUAGAAUUUGGUUGUUGAUAUUCUGUGCGUCGUGUUUAGGGAUUCUAAUAUUGGGGGGUUUGAUAACAUUUUUAAUAUUUAAAUUACGUACGAAAAUAAAAACUAGGAGUGAUAGUGAUUCGAUUGUUCGUGGCACGUCAAAUACGUCAAAUACGGAUAAAACAAACGAUUGCGAAUCCGUUUUAUAUCCAUUUCCGGCAACAUCGACCGGUGACGGACGGGUUUUAUGGGCUACAUUAUCACCCGGUGGUACGACUCGUCAUUACACUGCGCCCAAUUCCCGUCCGGACGUUACUUUAAGUUAUUCAAGUUCUUCCAAACCGUGUUUACCACCCCCCGAACCUCCUCCCGUGGGUUUCAUAAUGAAUACAAAUUUUAUCGAUUCGGAUUCGCAAACUCCUCUCAUGGAAUGUUUUCAAUUAAACGAAUUCGUCGAACUCGAUGGUACGACGAGUCAUUCUGUCGCAUUGAUGAGAAAUUCAACGCACAACAGACCGAGAGUGUCUUCGCCCACGAGGAUAGAAAAUCCAAAUUUACCACCUUUGAACCUUCAUCCCCAUAGAACGUUUAGAAAGGCGACGAUUCAAAGGAGAGAUUCCGAUUUUAUUUGCUCAUCUCCGACAUAA